AUGCUUCCAACAAGAGGGAAUGAUCGGCGAAAGACUCCUGAGGGCGACACCGUGGCCACAGAGCGAGAGCAGCCUCAGCGGCCGCGUAGGGGAGUGGGAACAAGAACAGGUUCAGACAAGAGCGAUGCUCAGCCCCCAGCGUCACGUGCAAAAACGGAGACUGCUAAUAAACCCAGGUGGACUCUCGAUAGUACAGUGGAGGAAGUUCAGCUACAAGGAAAUCUUCCUCCAGUGAACAUGAAACUGAAUGACUUUCUUCGUGGGCGUCUUGGUGGUAGAGGUGUAGAGGAAGUGAAUAAGAAUGUCAGUAUGGAAGCGUUUGCCAUCAGACCAAAAAGAUAUAUAAAAGACGAGAGGCUGUUGAACGUCAUACUCGCGAUGCCGUCAUUCAAGGCAAUAGUAGAGGAAAUGAGAUACGGGGAAGCACAGAGUGAAGCUGAACCCAAACUCAAAGAGACUGGUGUGUAUUCUCUCCGACAGUGGGACGUGUAUGAUAAAAAAGAGCAAGUUAACCCUUUGGUGAGGGGAGUGCUAAAUGCAGCUCUUGACGCAAUACGGAGAUACGAGGAGGAGGGGGAGGAACGCCGACGACAACUGAGGGAUGAAGAUAAACGCCGACAAGUAAGGGAACCUCUGCCAGGCGUCUACGAGUCUAUAUUUAACGCUACAUGGAAUCAUGUGGUGGAGGUCCCUGGUGACAGUGAAGGAGUCGGAAUGGAGGUGAGGGAAGGCAGGCCGUCGAGGGAAUGGACAGACGAAGAGGUGGGCUAUGUUUCUCUUGGUGGUGCAAUAAAGGGGAAGAGCAAAAAGAGCACCAGUGCAGAGGGGAUGGCGAAAACGAAGGAACCACUUGCUGAGCUAAUUGUACUCCAUUCUGAAAAAGGCUGGCCGUACACGUGGUUAAUGGCAGAAGCCAGUUGCGACUGCCACAUCGGCCGCGAGACGGAACGUGUUUGGCGCAUCAUUAAGCGUGAUGUAGACGAAUGGUUUGCGUGUCGUGGUGGGGAUGAUGAGGGGCCGGAAAAGCGUCUUUUGAUUGGGACACCAGGUAUAGGGAAAUCAAUGGGGACUGGCUCGUAUCUCCUGUAUCAACUGUUGCACUAUGACAAGGAACGACUUCCAGUUGUUGCAUACUUCAUUAAAGAUUACGUGUUUAUCUUUCACAACGCCAGAGGUGAAGAACAAGGACGCGUGGAGUACUACGAUAACCUCGAAGAGGGAAGGCGUGCUGUGGUACGUCUCUCUCUUACUGUGAGGGGAUACAUUAUUUACAAUGUGGCAAAACAAGGAAGUGAACCUCACCACGCUUUGCCUCCCACUGCUUGGGGCAUGAUUGUUGUGAGCUCUCCAAACGAGGAAAACUUCAAAGGAUGGUAUAAGCAGUCGGAAGCACUGUGUAUCAUAAUAGAUUGCCCUAAGAAGAGUGAACUGAAAGCGAGGUGUAUGUGGAUACACCACGAUAAAGCAGAGAAGGAACAACAGAAAGAAUGGAAGGUUGUGGAAGAGCGCAUAAGCAAAGUGGGACCGAUUCCCCGCUGUGUUUUUUGUAGUGAAAUUGAGUACAGAGGUCGUAUUGAUGCGGUCGACGAGGCGUUGAGCUGUAUCACACCAUCCAAUGCCGACCUAUACUUUGGAGUGCACAAAGGAUGUGCUUGG